GUUUGUCACCUUCCACGCUCAUCCUAUCUGGCGUAUCCCCCCCUCGACCGUCCUCUGCGGCUAGUGAAGCAGUGGGUCAAACAACGACGCUAACACUGGAGCUGUAAAAUCAACAACGGGGGCUCCCGUUUAAAGCGCCGCAGCAAGCUGACCAUCCAGCGCAGUGUGAUCACCUGAGACUCUCUCUGAAACGACCCUGCUGUUUCGGAGAAGUUGAAUUUGAUAUCCCAAGAUUUAAAACCACUGCAUCCGCCGCUCAUCCACCCAAAAAUCGAAGCAAAAAUGGUUCAAAAUAAGAUACCCGAAGUCACUGGAUUCCAUCGCUCUUUCAAGGGCCAAAAUCCCUUUGCAUCAGAUGACUUCACCAAAAAUGGAUCCCAUCUUAUUGAUUCGUCUUUUAAUUUUGACUCCUCCCCAAGACAUGGCACUCCUGUUUUGCCAGACAUGCCUUCCAGCCAGCCUAUCGACAUCCCCGAUGCCAAGAAGAGAAACAAGAAGAAGAAGCGUUGCCGGGCAACUGACAGCUUCUCUGGGCGAUUCGAGGAUGUCUACAGACUGCAGGAAGAGGUAUUAGGAGAGGGCGCUUAUGCCAGAGUGCAAACAUGCAUCAACCUCAUCACCAAUAAAGAGUAUGCUGUGAAGAUCAUUGAGAAAAGACCAGGUCACAGCCGCAGUCGUGUCUUCCGUGAGGUUGAGAUGCUCUACCAGUGCCAGGGCCACAGUAACAUACUGGAGCUGGUGGAGUUCUUUGAAGAGGAAGAUAAAUUCUACCUGGUGUUUGAAAAGCUCAGGGGAGGGUCAAUCUUGGCGCACAUUCACAAGAGACGGUACUUCAGUGAGCAGGAAGCCAGUGUGGUCGUGCAGGACAUUGCCAGCGCUCUAGAUUUCUUGCACAACAAGGGAAUGGCACACAGAGACCUGAAGCCUGAAAACAUUCUCUGCAAGAGUGCCGACAAGAUUUCCCCAGUCAAGAUCUGUGACUUUGACUUGGGCAGUGGGAUCAAGCUGAACAGUGACAGCUCACCCAUCUCCACCCCUGAGCUCCUUACUCCUUGUGGCUCGGCAGAGUACAUGGCACCUGAGGUGGUUGAAGCUUUCAGUGAGGAGGCCACAAUUUACGACAAGCGCUGUGACCUGUGGAGUCUUGGAGUCAUCCUCUACAUCAUGCUAAGUGGCUACCCACCCUUUGUAGGCCGCUGUGGUGGUGACUGUGGAUGGGAAUUAGGGGAACCCUGCCACACCUGCCAGAACACUUUGUUUGAGAGUAUUCAGGAAGGAAAAUACGAGUUUCCAGAGAAAGACUGGGCUCACAUCUCCUCAAGUGCCAAAGACCUCAUAUCCAAACUUCUGGUUCGAGAUGCCAAAAACCGCCUGAGUGCCAGCCAGGUUCUGCGGCACCCCUGGGUGCAGGGGGGUGCAUUUGACACUUUGCCAACAUCAAUCUUGCAUCAAAGAACCAGCAAUGCCAGGGAUCUGACUUUCUUCGCUGGCAAAGCCAUGGCUGUGAACCGGCAGCUGGCUGAACAGGAUGGCAUUGAAGACCAGCAGCAGCAGGAAGUCCCCUUUGUUGUUACCGCUACUGGCUCUUCUAUGCGCCUCUCUCCUCCUUCCAACUCUAAGCUGGCCCGGCGUAGGCAGCUGAGCAACCAGCCUAACGGAGGGCCCGUCUCUGCUGCAGAGCUGCGACAGCUCUUGGCUCCUCUUGUUAUUGUGGGAGACUGUGCCUGAACUCUGUCAACCCUGACCUCCGACCUUCCGUUAAGAUUAAUGUCUGGACAGCCCUGAGACUCUCCCUCUCCACUUCUGGCCCUUCUUCCUGACUCUAGCUGGUCUUGGUUCCUCUGCCAUUCAGGCUCUCUUGCCUCGCUGUAAAGGGCGAUGCAGCACGCAUCCCUUUCUCUAAAUGCCUUCUGCCUUUCUGCAGCACUUCUGAAGCACAUCAGCCCAGGGCCAGCUUAUAGCAAACACACAUGAGCAUGUCAGGGUUUGGGAGGAGGGUCAGUUCAUGAUUCGGGAGGGAGAAAGGAAAGUUAUUUUCUUUUUUCCAUGAAACUCAGUUCAAAAGAAAUCCAAACACGCAUCGUUCAAGACUAAGCUCAGACACCAAAGGACUACCUGUUGUGCUGCUCCCACGUUACAACUGGAUCCACUGUGAAUUAAGUUAUCUGGAAUGUUCUCUUCGCCUGUAUGUAUAUGCAUGAAUGGCCCCUCUGCAGAUACGUACAAGCUUAUGCAAUAUGCCAAGGGAAAGGCUGUUUCUGUCUCCAAGGGAUUCAGUAUGAGGGUUUGGAAGGGCUGUAAGCCAAUGCUGUCCGUGCCUGGUGUGUUCCACUUUGUGGCUGGAGACUUCAAAGAUUUUUUUUUUUUUUCAAUUUAAGAUUAAUUCCUUAACACUGAGCCUCUUCUGGAAAUGUCUGAGAUUAAACAAGCCAGAUCUAACUUGGUGGCCAUGCACUUACUGCUCCUAGAUAGAGCAUGGAAUGUUUGUCAGUACACCCAUUCAUAGUUUAUUUUAUGAACAUGUAUUCCAAAUUAACUUUGGCCACACUUUUUAGUGUUUAUAUGCCAUCAUUGGGCAAGUAUAAUAGUAUUGAGUUAAACUACUGCACUUAAUACAUGAAGCAGGGUAAUCCCAAAAUUGGACAUCUGACCCUGCUCUGAAGUACGUAUAUAUUCAGUAUGUUCAUAUAAGCUCAUGUUAAAUUUCUUCAAGCUAAACUGGGUCAGUGUUGCUUUCAUUGAAAAUAAUUCAUGACAUGUCCCCUGCUACAACCAGAACUUGUAUUUUUCUUUUUUUAUACAUCUGCAAGUCAAGUUAUGCAUUAGAUUAAACCUUGAAUAUUUUGGCAGUAAAGGCUAGAACUCGUCUCAGGGGGUUUGAGAAGCACAUUUUGGCCAAGGUGACCCAAAUGUCAAUGAUUGAUUGAAUACAUUUUUUUUUGGACCUUUUUUUUUUUUUUUUUGUCUUGUUUUUGAUUAGUUGACCCUUUUCUAAAAAUAAUGAUCUCAUUACAAAUGAAGAGGCAGGUAAGACUUAAAAAAAAAUCAUUAAAAAAGGAAAAACAUUCCACAAAAAGAGGGGAAAAAAAAAAAAAAAAAAGUCUUCCACGGACGUGUAGCUGUAUUAAGUUUACUUAAUUUUCUUGUUUGAAAACUCCAUGUCAAUGUGCCACACUGAUUUCUUGUCCCCUUUUUUCUUUUAUAUAGCUGUUGAUAAGCUUUUUUUUUUUUUUUUUUUUUCUACAUGGUGAUUUUCAUGCAGGUGCUGUUCAGUUCAGGUGAAACACCGGUUGUUUUCCUUUAUUAUUUUUUUAUGUUUUGUGUUUUUAAAAGUUCAGAGUAUGUUGUGUUCAAGGUGAGGUGGGAAGUAAAGUUAAUCUGGAGCGUUCAUGCCCAGCGAAGGCAAGUUUUUAGUUUUUAUGUACAAGAGUUGGCAAUAAUCUUGUUUUGUUUUUUUUGUUCAGAUUAAGUUCAUUAAGCUCAUCUGAAGCUGACAGGUAAUGGACUUGGUGAUGAGGUCUCACAACACUGUAGCCAUUUCACCAAAGACGGUUCAAGUCAUGAUAUUGAACAUGUGAUCAUCACCUGGCAGUGAGAAGUGGGGACUUCUGAUUGUCCACGUCCUGUUGCCAGCACUGCAGCGACGGUACUCUCUACAAAGUGGCUCCCUUGGUGUCAAAGGACCCAUUAUGCUGAUAAUAGGACACUGUAAUAGUUCUGAAAUACCUUUUCUACAGAUGCAUAGCUAUGGGGUUUAUGUCUUAUAAUAAGACUUACUUGAAUUUGUGUAUGCAGCUGUUUUCUUCUCCACUUGGGAAACUACUUUGCUAUCAGUAAUGUCGAAGCAUAAGGCUGAUGACCAAGGCAAUCCUGGGGUUUUUGAAUUACCAAUACAGUUCAGUAUUCUGCCUUUUUCUCCCUUUUGAGCAUCAGACAAGUGAGUCCCUACUUUUUGUUAGGGUUGGAUACUCAAAAGCGCACAGACUUUGGCCAUACUCUGUCAUAUCCUUAAUGGUGUAGAGUUUUCUUGGUCAUGACCAUUUCUAUUUUGUCACAUGGCAGUGGCUUUAAAUACUGCCUUUUACUGGGGGGGGGGGGGAAGGGGACAAAAUGAUAUCUCUAAGCCUCGCAAUUUUUAUAUUGUCAGUCAUUUUGAAGUAAGGACGUGUAGAAAUUCAGUGAUUCAUUCAUUCAAAUGGACAGUUCUUCAUCAUCCUCCCCACAAUUUGAAUGUAGCCCACAGGCAAAAGCAUUUACAAUCCAGCAACAUUGAUCAAAUGUUUUAUAGUUUGUGUCAUGGACAUGGUGUGGGGUUAUUCUGUCCAUUUCUUUUCUUUCUUUUUUUUUGAGAUGACAGAUCUGAUUAACACUGUCUGAACCACGCCCCAUCCCCCAACCCCAUUGUGUAUAUGGGAGGAAAUUUGAAAUAAAUACAUCCUUUAAAAUACAUAAAGAUAUUUUGAUUUAAAAUAAGCACUUUACUGUACCAUGUGAAUGAUUGCAGUUCACUCAAAGCAACAGCUAUGACAGUUGCAACAGAAUUUUGUAUUGUUUUUCUAAAAAAAAAAAAUGCAAUAAAAUGCUUUGACCUACA